AUGGCAGUCACUGUCUACUCCCUUCAUCUUUCUCCCCUCGAAGGUCACAUGCCACGUACCUACGCUCGCCAGAUAUACUGCUUUUCAACCACGAACUCACAGGCAAUAGAGACACUGUCAGAAGGAUUAGCCGGGUUGGCCCAGGAUGUGCCAUACGUCCUCUCGCGUAUCAUCAGCGACACGCCUGGGACAGCGAGCUCAGGGGCUGUAAUAAGCGCACCAUACUACAGGCCCGAAGAUAUCUUCUCGUGCCAUGACCUCUCUGGUAUCGUCGACUAUGCUACCCUCAAAGCGGGACACUUCGCCCCCGAGGUAUUUCUUACCCCUGGUAUCGUUCCGCCAGAUACUAUUCCGCCAUACCCAGAGCCACCGGCUAUUUUCCUCGCCCGCGCGUCGCUCGUCAAUGGCGGACUGAUUCUGUGCGUGGCUGUGCACCAUCUUGUAACAGACAUCACUGGGUAUGAUGCGCUUCUCAAGAUUUGGGCAUCGCAUUGCCGCAAAGAAGACGUCGGGUUUGAUAGGAGCUGGAUGGACCGAUCCCCUCUCUAUUCAAGUUCACAGAGCUUACGUAUCAAUAACUCUCAUCCCAUGCCCAUGCCUGAUCUACUGCACACCAAAAUCAAGGAAGAUGCAGUGCGGGGUACUGAUCUACCCAGUACAGCAAAAGGGAAGAAAGACUAUCAGACGGGCGUCUUUUACUUCCCGCGACAACACCUACGAGCACUCAAAGAUGCUACGAACGCCCAUAUUGCGUUACAGGAGCCUGGGUCGUGGGUCUCGACGAGUGACGUCUUGUCAGCUCUGCUAUGGAGCGUAAUCGUUCGGGCCCAGGACCACCCAUAUCUCCGCAAUGGGCGGGUUACACGCCAGAGCUCUCGAAUCAGCACGCUGUCAUUUCCCGUCCAAUUCCGCUCGGUACUCCGCCCGGCGCUCCCGCGGAACUUUCUAGGGGCCGCAUUCCUUAUGACGAGCGCGAGGGUACCACAUGAGGACGUUUGUCGCGUUUCUGAUUUCAGGAGCCUCUCUAUCUCUUUGACGCAUGACCAAGAGCCGGGAGCAGAAUCACACGUGAAUAAUGCGGGGAUGCAAGAACCCAUAGACUUUGUCGACAUCUCGGCUCUCGCGAAUGUCGCACUCGCGAUUAGACGGUCUGUGCAUGGAAUCGACGACGCCACCGUGCGCGGGGUACUAGAUUACCUCGAGGCGCAUCCGCGGCCCAAUCCAGAGGCACGUCUUGUCUUAGGUCCGCCUAGGUGCGAGCCUGGGGGUAGUAACACAUCGGUGGUCUCGUGGGCUGAUCAAUGCAUCUACGAGCUUGACUGGGGUCAUGCUAUUGGUCGUUGUGAUGCGGUGCGGUUAGCGAAGAUGACGGUAGAAAGGAAUCCCAUCAUAUUACCCCAUAUUCCUGGCCUUAACGGUGAUGAUGGAGGUAUAGAAGUAAUCAUGAGCUACGAAGAGGACAUCAUGCAAAGGUUGACAGAGAGUCAUGUUAUGAAGCGGCUGGCCACACUGCGAUGCCUGUCGUAA